AUGUGCCUUUACUGCACUCAGCAACGUCAACAGCAGCUUAAUCAAUUGGUAUCACUUUCUACGGCAGGUGACAAAUUAACUUCACAGAAUCCUGAAGUAACUGGUAUCGGCUCUGGCGGUACUCAAUUCUGCCUGCCUGGCUCUGGUCGUAAUGACAGUGCUUUAGCUACUGAUGUUAGUUCUUCAGCCGUUCUUGGUACUUCGCUCCCUGACUCAAUUCUUACUGGACCUUUAUCACAGACCAAUACAAUUUUAGUUGGCAACACAAAUAUGCCUUCACUUACUUCUGAUUCAAAUUCAGUGGCUAUUCUGGUGCCAUCGACUUCAGCAACCGGCUCUCUGUCGGCCGGGCCUCUCACUGAUUCUAUCCCGUUCUCCUCCAAGCCACCAUCUAUCGUUCCUCUAUCCCAAAUUUCCCGCCCAGAUAUCCCCGGCGGCGGUGUUGCUGGCUGCUGCUCCAUAUCAGGCCUUGGCCAUUCAUUUGCGCCUCUAGCCGGAUGGUCAAUCGAACUUAUACCUGAUCAAUCAACUACUCCUCUCCAGCAUCCCCAGCCUGCCUCAUUCUCGGCUUUUGGUCAGCUGUCAUCUGAAGCUCUGCCUCCUCAACUAGUGGCUAAUUUUUCAGAUGAUCCCUCACCACUUCCCGCCCUUGGUGACGGUCCCUGCUCUGUCUGUCAACCCCGGGCUUCCUCUUCCAGUUCAUCUUCCUCUACUUCAACAGAACCAUGUUCUUGUUUGCCACUCUCUCUCUCCCCUGCUCGGGAAAGCACUGGCUGCGUGGAGCCUGUAGGGGAAUCUGCUGUUGGUGCAGCUGCCUGUCCAGGGCCAGAUCAAGACCAACUGGCUUGUGCGCGACUCAUUCGACAGCUAGCUAGUGAAAUACUGGUCGCAAUGCAACAUCAUCAACAACAACAGCAUCAGCAAUACCAACAGCUCAUAAGCACUCAAACAUUUCAAGCUUUCUCCCAGGAACCGACUCCACAAAUUAUAUCAAAUCCGAGUAACGCGAGCAGUAACAAUCCCAAUAUAAAUACUACGACCGUCAACGAUAGUAACAACAUCAACAUCACAAAUGGCGUUCCUUUGGCAUCUGGCCAAGAGACCUGGUCGCAUUCCUAUCAACCUGCCAGCUGA